CGCUAGGACACAGUGUACAUCCCAUCUUCACCUCGCCCGCAACAAGUAGAGUCAUAAAUUUUGACCCGAAAAUAAUAAAAACAUCUCUUCUGUUCUGCCACCGGGCGUUCGAUCACUCAUCCGGGUUUAUUUUUCCUUCACAAUUCAUUCUUUGAGCUGAGUCACUGGGAUUCGAGAAGAUCAAUAGAUUAAUUGUAGUUAUCUGAAAAAUCACUCCUGAAAUGAAAGAUCAUCCUCGCUUCACUGUGCUAAUUUUUCUCGUCUUUGCUACAUCAUUCAACCUUGAAGCGAAGACAGUCAAAAGUAAACUACGACUGUAUCGACUGAAUCCUGCUUUAAUCCGCCAAUUGUCUGGUGGCGAAAGGAUCAAUGAUCUGAUCGCGAAAUUCAACGAACGAAGAGCCGCUGGGAUUCUCGCGCAACCGCGGAUCGGACGGAGCGCGGGAAUGAGGAUUUUCGGGCGACCGGAUGGAUUUGCCGGGCUCAUGCAAUAUCCUCGUGUCGGUCGAGCCGGGCCGCCAGCACUGGCCGACGAUAUGAAAUAUCCGGAGUUCGAUGGAGAUGUCAAGAAUCACCGGGAGGGAUUGGACAGUCCGGUGGAUGUUGAUGACCAGAAGAAUUUCGACGAUGACUUGCUCAGACGACUGGGCAAUGGAAUCUGGCUCGAUAACCCGAGGUAUGGACCUAGGAAAAACCAACAGCGAUCUCAGUGUGAGAAUGAGAUGGACAGUGCUGGGAUAUUCAUUGUCACACCAGAAGAUUACCAAAAGAUGGAACGUCAAUUGCUGCACUACUACCCUCGAUCGUCGGAGGACCAUUCUCGCUAAGACAAGAUAUGGAAAAUCAUAAUAUAAAGAAAAAGACACAAGAGAUCAUCAUGGGAAGCAAUCCCAGAGAAUAAAUACCCCGAAUAUACAAAUUGAAUAAAUAAAAAUCAACAACAUAAGAAAAAAAUGCAUAAGAAAAUUGAAAUGCAGGAAUAAAUCAAAUUUUAAAAAAUGUAAAAAAAAAGUAUGAAUAUAAAAUAUAGAAGCUUAUAUCUUCCUACAUCCUCUGAGCUCCAAAAACCUUGAUUCUCAGUCGCCAAGAAAAAAAAA